AUGGAUCGUCUAGAAGCAUUGGGCAGCCAGCUGUCAAAAAUUACAAUGUACGAUAUCAAGCAAGCCUAUGCCCAGGCCAAAAACAUGGUACUCAAUGUUACUGAGAUGGAGGCAAAAGUUCAUGAGGCUACCAACGAUGACCCUUGGGGUGCCAGCUCGACACUGAUGGGUGAAAUCGCACAGGGCCAACAUUUUAAUGAAAUCAUGCCGGCGAUUUAUUCCCGUUUCAUGGAUAAGGAAGCACGUGAAUGGAGGCAAAUAUAUAAGGCCCUACAGCUAUUAGAAUACAUCAUCAAGCAUGGCUCCGAAAGAGUUGUAGACGACGCUAGAUCUCAUCUUUCUACAUUAAAGAUGCUACGAAACUUCCACUACAUUGACGAGAGGGGUAAAGAUCAAGGCAUAAAUGUACGGAACCGUGCCAAGGAAAUCGCCGAAUUAUUGGGCGAUUUGGACAAGGUACGGGCGGAACGACGAAAGGCCAAACAGAACCGUAAUAAGUAUACUGGAACUGGUAAUGAUCCAACAAGUUUUGGCUCAGGUGGAGACUACAGCUCCGGUGGUGGAGGUGGCGGAGGAGGUGGAUUCUCGGACUCUACAUCCAGACAACAGUUUGAAGAAUACGAUGCAGGUGACUGGGAAGAGCGGCCAGCCCGGACAUCGACAUCCUCUCAUACAAGAUCAUCAUCUAACCCACCCAGGGGAAGUACUACUGCAACUAAAACUUCUACUGCUGCCACCUCCAGUCCAGCAAAACCCGCAGUGCCUGCUAAAGACAAGGCCAAGGAGGUUGAUCUCCUGGGGUUCGGCUUUGAUGACGCACCUGCAGCG